AAACUCCAGCAAACAAGUCACUAGGUAGUAGCUAGACAGCAGGUAACUAGUAUAAUAAGCAGUGAAGGAGUUGGGUUUUCUUCAUCUACAAAAAUAUAAACUUACCAGUCUGUGAAAUCUGUUGCUCUGUCUUCAUCAAUGGUGCUUAAGUUGUAUGGAACACCCAUGUCCACAUGCACCUCUCGCGUGCUGACAUGCCUCCAUGAGAAGAGCUUAGAUUUUGAGCUUGUCCCGGUUGAUCUUUUCGCUGGCGAGCACAAGCAGCCUCCUUUCCUGGCCAAAAAUCCCUUUGGUCAGAUUCCAGCUCUUGAAGAAGAUGAUCUUACUUUAUUCGAAUCCAGAGCAAUCACAUCAUACGUUGCUGAGAAAUUCAAGGGGUCUGGCUACGAUCUUAUAAGGCACGAAAACCUCAAAGAAGCUGCUUCGGUGAAGGUAUGGACAGAGGUAGAGUCCCACCGAUAUAACCCUGCGAUAGCACCGAUUGUCUUUCAAUUCCUGGUGGCUCCACUUCAAGGCAAUUUACCUGAUCAAACAAUCAUUGACGCCAACUUAGAGAAGCUAGGAAAAGUGCUUGACGUAUAUGAAGCUAAGCUGACUAGCACCAAGUACCUUGCCGGCGAUUUCUAUAGCUUGGCUGACCUUCACCACCUACCAUACACGUACUAUCUCAUGAAGACUCCCGCAGCUUCGGUGGUGAAUGAGCGUCCGCAUGUUAAGGCAUGGUGGGAGGAUAUUUCUUCUAGGCCAGCUUUUAAGAAAGUGGCCGAGGGUAUGAAUUUUGUUAAGAAAUGAAACUUGAGGAGUGUUCUGUUGCUUUAUAUCAAGUAUUUAUCUUGAUGAAGUCGUGUUGAUUGUGAUCUUAAUGUAUUGGAAUUUCGAAAUAAUUUCUUAGGAAAAUUGUGAGAAUUGAUUGAUUAGCGUUUAAGAAAA